AUGAUAUUUGCAAUUGAAGAAAUCAACAAGAACCCAGAUCUACUUCCAAAUGUUACUUUGGGUUACUGGAUUUAUGAUUCUUGUGGUAUGCCUACUGUGUCACUGAAAGCAGCCUUUGAGUUUUUGAACGGUCUUGAAACUACAUCUUCGGAAUCUGUCUGUCAAAGAUCCCCCGUCAUUCCUGCUAUUGUCGGUGAUUCUGGAUCAUCACAAACCAUGGCUAUCGCGUCUUUAAUUGCCCCUUUUCAGAUCCCUUUGGUUAGCUAUGUCGCUACAUGUGCAUGCCUGAGCAACAGACAUGAAUAUCCGUCAUUCUUCAGAACAAUUCCGAGUGAUUAUUUUCAGGUCAGAGCCAUAGCUCAACUUAUAAAACAUUUUGGAUGGACUUGGAUCGGGACAAUUAGAAGUGAUGAUGACUAUGGGAACUUUGGGAUGCAGGCUUUCACAGAGGCAGUGCGAGAGUUGGGCAUUUGUAUAGCCUUCUCCGAAUCUUUUCACAUCACAUAUCCUCGGAACAAAUUACUCAGAACUAUAGACUCUAUCAAACAAUCUUCCACAAAAGUUAUUUUAGCCUUCCUUGCGCAAGCCGAUAUGAGUAUUUUACUGCAGGAAGUUGUACGACAGAAUUUAACUGGCAUACAAUGGAUAGGGAGCGAGGCCUGGGUCACCACUUCUGUACUACCUCCUGAAGAAAGUAAACAAUUCCUUGUUGGUACAAUUGGAAUUGCGAUUCGAAAAGUACGUGUACCGGGACUGAAGGAGUUUUUAAUGGAGUCUCACCCAUCUGCAUAUCCAGGAAAUCCUUUAAUGGAAGAGUUUUGGGAAAGAGCGUUCAGCUGCAGCUUGACGAACACGGAAAACAAAUUGGAUGACUUAAAACCAGAUUCAUGGCCCAAGGAAUGCACCGGGAAGGAAAAUCUACAUACUACGCGCAAUGAUUUUACAGAUGCGUCUGAGUACAGAGUAACUUAUAAUGUGUAUAAAUCGACCUAUGUUAUAGCUCAUGCUCUGCAUGACAUGCUCUCGUGUGAACAUGGCAAAGGACCGUUUAUUAAUAACAGUUGUGCAAAUAUUUCAAACUUUCAACCGUGGCAGCUUCUUCAUUACAUGAAAGGAGUAAACUUCAGGACAAAGAUUGGUGAAAAAUUAUAUUUUGACAGUAAUGGUGACCCAGUGGCGAUAUAUGAUAUUGUAAACUGGCAAGCGGCUGACUUUGGUGCUGAUAUUGUAACUGUUGGAUACUAUGAUGGAUCUGCUCCCUCAGGCCAAAACUUCCUACUAUCUGAAAAGGCAAUUGUAUGGAAUGGUGGCCAGGCUACGCAGGUUCCAAAAGCAGUUUGCUCUGAAAGUUGCAUUCCGGGAACAAGGAAAGCAGUAAGGAUAGGACAACCCAAAUGUUGCUUCGAUUGUGUACAAUGUUCACAGGGAGAAAUGAGUAACACUACUGAUUCAACUGAAUGCAUCCCAUGUCCAACAGAAUACAAAUCCAAUCAACAGCGAGACCAGUGUGUACCGAAGAAAAUUGAAUUUUUAUCCUUUUAUGAGAUCAUAGGGAUUAUUCUAGUGACAUUGGCAUUAUUUGGAUGCUGCACCACGUUAAUUGUGUUUUUUACAUUUUAUACUCAUAGACACACUCCAAUUGUAAAAGCUAACAACUCAGAAUUAAGUUUUCUUCUUCUUGUUGCAUUAUUGCUUUGUUUUCUAUGUUCCAUUACAUUUAUUGGUGAACCCUCAGCCUGGUCUUGCAUGUUACGUCACACAGCAUUUGGAAUUGCAUUUGUUCUUUGUGUGUCUUGCAUUUUGAAUAAAACAUUUAUUGUUGUUCUGGCAUUUAAAGCGACCUUUCCCAACAACAACCUUAUGAAGUCCUUUGGGCCAGUGCAGCAGCGACUGACUACUUUCAUUUUGACUUUGCUGCAAUGUUUAAUAUGCACAAUCUGGCUCACCACCUCACCACCUUAUCCUCUGAAAAACAGUGAUUAUUUUAGUGAGGUUAUUGUUUUUGAAUGCAAUGUAGGAUCUGCAGUCGCCUUUUAUUGUGUGUUGGGUUAUAUUGGGUUCCUGUCUUGUGUGUGCUUUGUGGCCGCCUUUCUAGCUCGACAUCUUCCUGAUAAUUUCAAUGAAGCUAAACACAUCACUUUCAGCAUGUUGAUCUUUUGUGCUGUUUGGAUCACAUUCAUUCCAGCUUAUGUAAGUUCUCCAGGGAAGUAUAUGGUAGCUGUAGAAGUGUUUGCUAUUUUAGCAUCAAGCUUUGCCCUGCUGGUCUGUAUUUUCGCUCCUAAAUGUUAUAUUAUCUUGUUGGAGAGAGAAAAGAAUACUAGAAAACAUAUAAUGGGCAAAAUGCCUUCUAAAAGCUUUGAGAAUUUGUAA